AUGCGAGGGUUGUCUUUCCAAGGUUCGUCGACCUCGAGCUCCGUUUGUGGGAAGACGUGUCCGCUCGUCCCUAGGAUAGAUGACGACCUUCCUCACCACGUGAGCUCCUCUUUGGAUCGGGAGAUGAGACUGGCACCUGUCGGAUCCGAGCCACUGGGUCGCCCUCCUCUGCGUAUUGGGAGACGACUUUGGGGUGAAGGCGCCUACGGCUUAAUGACGACCACCUCUCUGCAAAAAGGCCUUCGUCGGGUGUGUCCCGACUUUGGCCCCUCCGACGAACAACCGGAGGUGACGGAGAGGAAGGAAGGGGACGAGUGCCUGCUCCUGGCGAGCAACGGGCUGUGGGAUGUGGUGAGCAACGAGGGGGCGUGCGGCAUCGCGCGGACGUGCCUGCGGAAUAGCACGGCGACGGCAGGGGAUGACGCGACCGAGGGGGACAAUUGCAGUGGGGGUUCGAACACGGGGUGCUCGAAUGCAACGGUCCUGCUGACGAAGCUGGCGUUGGCAUGGCACAGCUCGAACAACGUGAGUGUGGUAAUCAUUUAUCUGAGAAGACUUUGA